AUGGCUGGAAUGGAAGAGCUUUGUCAACAAAACCAAACCCUACAAGCUCAAGUACAAGAUCUCACAAGGAAUCACAGGAGAGAUGCAUAUCCUCUCCAAACGGCGCCAGAGUUUCAGCCUUUCUCAGAGGCCAUAGCUGUUGUCGAGAUUCCAGAGAGCUUAAGGACCUUGGUUCUUGACUCCUACGAUGGCACAACAGACCCUAGGGAGCACCUCGCUAUUUUCAAUACGAAGAUGUUGAUAAAUGGUGCAACCGAACAAUUGAAGUGUAAGCUAUUUCCAGGAACUCUAAAGAAUGGGGCCUUGACAUGGUUCUCUAGCCUUCCACCCAGAUCUAUAGUCACGUUUAGUGACUUUUCCCAACAUUUCCUAUCACAAUUCUCUGCCAAGCAAGCCAACCAGAUCACCUCAGCCAGCCUUUUCAACAUCCGUCAAAAGUCAGGUGAAUCAUUGAAAAAUUACUUGUUCAGGUUCACUAAUGUCUUCAUGCAGGCUAGAAACAAAGAUCCAACAAUUUGUACUGAGGCAUUUGAAAAUGGUUUGUCAGCGGGUCCCUUCAACGAGGAUCUGCCCAUCCGUCAUGCGCAAUCGUUGGAUGAAAUUCGCAAAAGGGCAGCACCGUUCAUCAUACAAGAAGAGAGCAACCGCUUGAAAGCGGAUCGUGAUAAGGAGGAACGAGCGCGUCAUCAGACCAACCAACCCAGACGGACAGAUCCCUUCACCGAUCGAGGGAACCUUUGA